UGGAAAACAGCAGCUCUGAACCUCACAGCAUCCUUAAACGCAAAUCAUCCAGUGUCGACUCGGAGGGAAGCUCUAGUCACAUCACGAUUGCCGAAUCCGUCAUCCUGUCCAUCACUGGAGGUGUUCCUCCACCCUCUGACGACCACGUCAAACCCAUCCUGAAGAAGAAGAGUUUCAGCGGCGAAGAUCCGCCACCCGAGGCUGGCAACGUGUCUGAUGCGCCGAGGCCGAUCCUCAAGAAGAAGACCAGUGUUGAUGUUGAUGAUGUUGAGGAGCGACAUCCCAUGAAACCCAUACUGAAGCUGAGGAGGGACAGUAUGAGUGUUGAGGAGGCCAGUGAGGUGGAAGUGAGUAGUGUUUCGCUGUCGCCUAUCCUCAAAAGAACUGAGGAAUCUUCAAGUGUCAACACCCCUGAACCACGGUUGAGGUCAGUUAAGAAAACUGAGGAAUCUUCAAGUUUCAACACCCCUGAACUACGUUUGAGAUCAGUUAAAAAACCAGAGGAGUUCAACACCCCUGAACCACGUUUAAGAUCAGUUUUCUGGCGCAACUGUGAGAAAUCAUCAACGGAUUUAACUAGUAGUGCGUCGAAUACUUGUUUCUCGAAGAGGCGAUCCCUGGAUAUCUCUUCGGUAAGGGGAAGAGGACAGGGUUGUUCAUCGUCCUUGCAGGCCAGGGUCGGUGGCUGAGAGGAUCAUGAACAUGGAGAGUUUCCUGGCGGCUGAGGGUUGUCAAGAUCUGCCCCCCAAGUCGCCAACUGUGACGUCAUCGGUCGGUGCGCUGCCGAAGAGACGCGACAGGGAUCGAUUUCUUACGCAGCCUAUUACUGCGCAGGAAAUUAGCGAUUCUAAGAACUGGGUCCCCGACAGCCCCCAACCAACUAGACCAGAGGAAGUUGACGAGGAGAGGAUUAUCGCAGCAUCCACCAGUUCGACAAGUGCGUCGAACAAUGACUGCGCGCAACAUUUGAAAUCUACAGACUUGUCGAGUGAUGUCUGUGUGAAAUCGUCCGACCUGUCAUCAGCUGUCCCACACAACAUGGCCGACGAUGAAUGUGAGGCCGUGUCGUCAGCUGUGACACAGGCCAACAUGGCCGACGAUGAUAGUGAGGCCGCGGCCUGUAAUGGCGGCCUGGUGCGCAGUAAGAGUGUUUCAGCGAGGGCGUCCAUGUUUGAGGCCCAAAUGAAGCAGGCCGUCGAAGAGAACAAGCCUCGCAGGUUCAACAAAGGGUCAAUCAAUAGGAGAAGCAACCAAGAGGGAUUUGCCAGAUUUGCAACCCAACCUGUCACAUUCGAUGAAGUUGAAGAAGCCAGGAGACAAAAUAAAGAUGCCCAAGGUGGGGGUGGCGUGCAAGGAGGUGAAGGUGAAGGGGAGGAAGCUGACCCGAGCAAGUUGACUCUAGCCGAGAGAGUCAAACUGUUCAGUCAGCAAAAAAGCGAGGCGCCUUCUGCUCCCCUAUUGGCCCGUUCCAGGUCCGCCCGCUUCAAGACUCAGCCAAUCACAGGCGACGAGGUGACCACGGCUAAAGGGAUCGUCAAUAAGCCGCGUAUCUCCAAGUCCACCUCGGGAAUACUAGUAUCUGGAAUACUGAAAAACAUAGCAGUGAAAUCAGGUGGCAAACCGCCGAGUCUGAAAUCGAAGGUGGCCAACGGAGAAGAUGACAGAAUUGAAGCAGAAAACGACUCCAAUGAGGACGAGUGUGCGAAAACCAGAAGUAUUCUGAAGCAAUCCGCGAAUGCGGCAAGAAUCCAACAGUUGGAUAGUGACAAAUCGGCAAUGCAAGUGCGCAAUAGUGACAAUUCGGUUGGAUCGGCAUCAAAAGUGCGCGGUGCGUUGAAACGGAACGAUUCGGUUGGUUCGCGAUCGUCUCUGCACUCGAUACUGAAGACGAACACAUCGAAAUCGGCGAGUUCGAGUGACGAUGAAUCGGACGACGGAGAAUUUGAGAAAAGUUCGGAACUGGUCGACCUGUUGCACAAGGUUGAAGCGGCUGCUAGGGAUUUGAACAAGGAGCGCGCGAAAAGUUUGACGGACACCUCGAAUCUGAGGAAAAGUUUGACGGAUACGUCGGUGAUGAAUGGGAGGAGCCUGGAGGAGGUGAGGAGGAGGCGGAGGGAUGGUGAGGAUGUGUCCGAGGGAGACUCUUCCUCAGGAGGUCGUGAGGUGAGGAGGAUCAACAACGAGGCGAUCGCCAGGAGGAGGCAGGCGACUAUCGCGAGGCAAGCUGCUGAAAAAGUAAAGACAGUCGGCUCACCCGGUCAGCAGAAUGUGUUGAAGAGCAAGAGUCAAACAGCUGUUUUUUCGGAAGAUGAGAGGAUGGUGCUGAACGGGGGAGGUGGUGGAGGUGGUGAGGCCCUGAUGGGGGGACUGAGGAGAUGCCUCACUCAGCCAAUGCCUCCUCAGGCCUGUGACCAAGUGGACGAGCCCACUAUGACCAUUGCUCAGAGGCUGGCUGCUCUUCAAAAAAGUGGAGAAUCUGAUUGGAGGAAAAGAAUUUCAAGGUUAAGUGCUUGUGAAGAUCUACCUAGCAUCAACAUUAAUGAGGCACAAGAAGUGCUACGCCAGCAGCUGGUCUCGCCGCCCCCGCCGUCAGUUGACGUGAAGGCGGAAACAGUUAACAGCAAUUCGUCGGCCGCCGAUCGUCUGUCGUCGCGACUGGACCAAUUGCAGCAUGCGGCUCAAGGCUGGAAGAAGCGUGUGGAGCCGUCGGACGCGGUUCAGUUCUCGGUGGCGGGUCGUAUGGCUUUGUCGCCCUCGGCCAAUGUUACGCCGCUCACGUCGCCGGCGCCCGAACGCAAGAAGCGAACGCCUAGGGCGGCCACUUUCAAGGGCAAACAUUUCAAAGAAGUACAAUCGACACCAACAUCACCAGAAGGAGAGCUCAGCCUGCCUCCCGAACAGUUCAAGUUCAAACGAAGCGUUUCUGUUCCCAAUCAGGAGGAUGACGAGUUGGAAGACAGUCUAUCACCAACCGACGACGGGGAGACCGACCGCCAGACGGCAGCGGCGUUCGCGCCCCGUGUGAGCGUGCCCAAACAGAUGGACGACGACUUUUCGGCGUUCUUCCCGGCGGCGCAUGCGCAGACGUCGGACCGCAUCGACGUCGACCUGGACUGCCUCAAGUGCGACACACGACAAAUGCUCGUGCAGGCCAAACGCGUCAAGGUGGUGCGGCGUCACGGCGCCUCCGCCAAUCCGCUCCGGGUGCUUGCCGCGCGAACCGAUCUCUGCACCGAUUACAUCGAGAUAAAAUCAGGCGUGGCCCAGCGUGAAAUGCGUCGCUUGAACGUGGAAAAGCUUUCAAAAUCAUCGCCGUUAGCCGUAGAAGCGUUGGCCGGUCUUGCCAGUAAGGAGGACUUUACAGCCGUGGCGCUUCGAAAGGCCACCGCGCAGUCGGUGCAUGCCAGUGUGGCCGCUAUGCUGCCCUACAGGGAGUGUAUGUUGCUGCAUAUCAAGGGCCGCAGACAUGUGCAGACACGGCUGGUGAGGCCACACUACACCUCUGUCAAUCAGGGUGACUCCUAUGUGCUGGUCACGUCCAAUGAGCUGUUUCACUACGUGGGCGAGUUUUCGAAUGUGAUAGAGAAGUCACGCAGCGCGGACAUAGCUCAGCACAUUCUGACACACAAGGACCUCGGCUGUAGUGCGCCACACAUUUGUUCGGUUGGCAGCAGUGGAACCCCUCGUAACCAGGCCAGGUUCUGGCAGUUGUUGGGUGCCGGCGACGAUCUACCCACCAAUUACAAAGGUUUGGAAGCCGGUAGCCUAGACGAGGAUGAAGUUUACGAAGCUGCUCUGGUCGACACGAACAUGAUCUACAGCGUUGAGGACGAGACACUUGUUCCGUUGCAAGCUGCAUGGGGGUCCAUUCCUAGGAUAGAAAUUCUCAACCCUGCAAAGAUCCUUGUAUUGGACUUUGGCACGGAACUGUACGUGUGGAUGGGCAAGAACGCCACCCUGGACAAGAGGAAGUCGGCCAUCAACCUGGCGGAGGAGCUUUGGUCGCAGGGAUACGACUACUCAGACUGUGACCUCAGUCCUGUCUCGGCUGCCGAGCGGCUUGGAUCUCAUAGUCAUGAUGCAGACGAAGUGGUGAAGAAAGGAGAGCGUCCCAGUUGGGGCCUGUUGGCCAAGGUCACGCAACAUAUGGAGACUGUGCUAUUCAGAGAGAAGUUCCUGGACUGGCCAGACUUCACACGUGUCAUUAGAGCCAAACGGAAAGCUAGCAAGGAUCGGCCGGGUGAAAGUCUUAUGGAAUUGAAGCCAUGUGAUGCCGAAGAGAUUAUGAAUUACAAAUUUCCCGCCCCGGAUCUGGAAUUGGAGGGCAGCCAUCUUGGGAGAGGCAGAACUUAUUUCGAUGAAGAGACAAGGAGACACUUCGAGAUAACAACGCAGAGUCUGAAAGUGUGGCACAUCAAUGAGUUCACCACAACGGAAGUGUCGGAAGAUAGUUGUUCGCAGUUCUUCACCGGAGACAGUUACGUCAUCAGAUGGAUAUACAAUAUCACUGUCACUGGUAGAGAACUGAGCGGCCAACCUUCGAAGCACGCCGGAUCGACAGGACGGGACCGUUGCGUGUACUUCACGUGGCAGGGCAGUGGGGCGACGCUCAAUGACCAGGGCGCCGCGGCGCUCCUCACAGUACAGUUGGACCGGGAGAGGGGUGCCCAGGUGAGGGUGCCCCAGCACGCCGAGCCCCCGGCAUUGUUGGCGCUUUUCCACGGCGCCGCCGUCUUCCAUCAGGGUCGCAAGGGGGACAAGCGUCAGAAUGACGAGUACAAACUAUUCAUUUGUAAGGGACAGGAGAACGAAGAAGCUGUUCUGGUUGAAGUGGCCUGCAGUAUCAGGUCGCUGAGGUCGAAAGGAUCCUUCCUUCUGGUUCAAAAAUCCACGGGCCAACUCUAUCUGUGGCACGGCUCCAAGUCUCUACCUCAUUGCAGACAGGUUGCAGCUUUUGCCGUUGACAAGCUGACAGAUGGAGACAUGGCUGAACUGGGAUUGGGACAUCUGGAAGAAGUUGGCUUCAAGGAAAUUGAAGAAGGAUCUGAACCCAAAGAGUUUUUCGCUGGUCUCGGUGGAUGCAACCGACAGUUGUACGUUUCACUGCUGAACUCUGAUCUAUCCUACGAUUGGACGCCACGCCUCUUCCACAUGACCAGCGUUCUGGGACAAUUCACUGCUGUACCGGUUGUACCACCGUGCGGUCACCCCACGCUCGCCUGUCCCUUUCCCUACAUACAGAACGAUCUCUAUUCUGCCAGUCAGCCAGCCAUGUUCCUUUUGGACGCGGAAGACGUGAUCUGGCUGUGGCAGGGCUGGCUGCCGUCAGUGGACGAGUCCGGCUCCGGCUCCGGUUCCGGUUCGGACGCGGACGACGCGGAUGCCGCCCUGGGUGGCGGAAGCGGAAGUAGCGGAAGCAGAAGUGGCGUGCGGUGGCAGGCGGAGCGGCGCGCAGCCAUGGCGACUGCGCUCGCCUUGUGGCGCGCCAAAAAGGGGGCGUCGGAGUCGAAGGGGGCGGAGUCAGGUGUGCUGCUUGCCUAUGCCGGUCUGGAGCCUCUACAGUUCACUAACCUCUUCCCCGAUUGGACCGAUCGCGAUGAUAUUGCCGAGAUCAAUAUUGCCGACGGAAGGAAGCCAGGUGAAUGGUUGUCAGUGGAGGCUGAGCUGGCUCGCCUGACUAGGUCGACGUAUCCACUGGCUCAGCUGCUGCAGCGACCUCUGCCCGAAGGUGUCGACCCCACCCGACUUGAGAACUACCUCUCGCCCAACGAUUUCCAGGAACUGCUUGGAAUGAGUAAAGAAGAAUUUUUCGAAAUGCCAACCUGGAAACAGACCAACUUGAAGAAAACUUCAGGGCUGUUUUGACAGGAUACGACUCUGAAUUUUCUGUCUUCUUUCGUCCAAAUGACCAACGAAGACUGCACUUCUCUAAUUCUAUUGAGCCUAUUUGUACUUUUCGAUGUAUGCACCUGCUCAAGCAGAAACCUAACCUAACUUAUAGAGUUGAAAAUAACUAUUAUCAAUGUUUUUACAAAUGUUACCCUUGAAACGUGGGUAUUCACUCUAGCUAAUUACUCUGCUAAUUAGUACUUUUUACCUAUACUCUAUCUAUGAUGAGUAAGAAUAAUAAUGACUCAUCACAGGCAAUAAAAUAAUGCAUUUCAACAUCACGUUCGUUUUUAUAUUUUAAUUAAUAUAACUCUUUGUAAAUUUGUGUUUGUUUUGUAAAUGCCAACGUAUUGUAAUCAAACUUCAAUCCUCUUGAAGUCUUUGUUUUACAACCGUAAACCUAUUAAUUCAUUAAUGUUAUUAGAGUUUUUUAUUUGAAUGACUAGAAAAUUAGCGAUAGCUAGUUUGCCUCUUGCACAAAAUUUAGAUUAUGGCCGGGUUGCACAAAAGCCGGUUAAAUUUUAAUCGUGAUUGAUUUCCCGAGAACCAAUCAAAGAAGGCUUUUUCGAAAAGAAUGUUUCUCGUGAAAUUUAACAUGCUUCUGUGCAACCGAGCCCUAAUGUAUCCCUUCGUAAAUCACCUAAUUUUCAGUAGUUAGGCUACGAAAUCUACGAUUUUUGAAGUAACUUUGUCAACGAAUCGUUCUGUAUAUUAUUUUUGUAAAAAAGGCUGUGACUUUUGUAGUGUUGGUUUAAAGUAUUUAUCUGUGUAAUAACAAUAGCUUGUAAAACUUUCUAAUCUGUACUCUACUCUUUUUAUGUACCUAAUCAUCUAUUUUUAAAGUUACCUCUAUGUAUCGACUUUUGUUGCUAUAAUAAUCUUCUCUUUUUACAGUCAUUUUGAUGUGUAUUUGUACUAAAAUAGUGCCUUCUUGAUGAAGAUAAACCUAUCAGCUGUGCAUUUUUUAGAUCGAGCUUCAGUAUCUUACAAAACCAGUUUAACUACUUCACUGACUGUAAUGUUAUUAUCAUUAUUACAAUAAGGCCAGACGCACACCGGCUAGUCAAGACAAGACUAGUCACGUUUAGUCACAAUACUUCACAUAGUUGCUUAUGGAGACAUGUCUAAUUGCAAUGACUAAUCAGUGUGAGUUGCCUCACAAGCAGCUAUGUGAAGUAUUGUGACUAAACGUGACUAGUCUUGACUUGACUAACCGGUGUACGCCCAGCCUAACAGUUAUUAUCUUUGGAACGAGCAUUUCAGUGUCAUGAAAAGGCUACAUAUCACUACUAAUUAUGCUUCUGGCAGUAUAUUUUUAUACUCACCAAAUUAAAGACGAAAUUUAGAAGAUGAAAUAGUAAAAUUAUUAAUACUCAAUCCAACUACUUUACUUCGUAAACUAAACGAAUUAAUUUGGAGUGGCAAACGUUCCUUAUAAAACGUUUGUAUUCUAAAAUUCAUAAAGUAACUGAUCAGGGCAAAAGCCUGUACUUUCUUUGAAGUAUCUUUUUUUUGGUGUGAUACUUUUCUUGAAGUGUCUACUUAUAUGAAUAAAUAUUUCAAUAGAAAUAAUCGAUUAAAUUAAUACAGUUUUUGAUUCUUCUCAAGUUUAUGUAAGACGUGAUUAAAUAUCUAUUAAACAGUUAGGCUUAACUCACACUGCGCGACUCAGGUCGAGAGGAGACUCGACUCUAGUCGAGAGCAUGUGUUUUCAAAUGGUGAUGUCGCGGAGACUAGAAUCGACUGGUCUGAGUGUCACCAUUUGGAAACACAUGCUCUCGACUAGAGUCGAGUCUCUUCUCGACCUGAAUCGCGUAAGUGUGAGUUGAGCCAAAAUUGAGCUCUCUUAAAUAUACAUUUCAUGAAGGGAGGAUUUAUUCUAAAGAACUGAUUCUUGUUCCCCAUUUAAGGAUAAAUAAAAUAACUAUUAUUACUAA